AUGUCCACCAACGAAGACUUUCCCAAGCCCAAAUUCAUCGAGGGCGGCUGCCUCUGCGGCGGGCUGAGAUAUCGCGUCGAUUUUGAUGUCGACAAGCACGACUUUCUCAAGCGCUCCGGCUCCUGCCAGUGCACCCAGUGCCGCCGCCAGACGGGCAGCUUCUUCAUGCCCUGGCACGGCGUCGGCCCGGCCUCGACCGGCAGCACCUUCCGCUUCGUCGGCGACAGAACCGACGACCUCCUCCGGCACUACAAGGCCUCGGCGACGGGCAAGCGCGGCUUCUGCGCCGGCUGCGGCAGCCAGAUCUACUGGACGCAGGAGGGCCGGUCCGGCGGCGACUACUACUCGAUCAACCUGGGCACCGUCGACCCGCUGUACCUGUGGGGGGAGGGCGCCGGCGAGGGCAACGACGUGCCCGAGGGAGGGUACAGCAAGGCGCUGGCGGCGGGCGGGAAGAACGAGUGGUGCGGGAACGAGAUCAAGGGCGUGACGGAUGAUAUGCCGUGGCUGCUCAAGGGGAAGCGGUUCCGCGGAGAUGAGAACGAUGCCUGA